AGGCAGAUCUGCAUUUUAUUGAACCAGAGUCUGUUAAAGCUCCAGUGACUACGAUUCAGCGUAUAAAAUGUUCUCUGUACUCAGGAAUCCUUUCAUUCAAAACUUAAUCAAGCCUAAACCACUUGGUGAACACCUGGUGCAACUAAGGUGUAUCACAAGGAGUAGUGAGCUCAGUAGUUCGUACUGCCUUAAGAAGAACACGGAUGCACCUAAGAUAUCCGAAAGCUUAUUAAGGAACACAACGAGAGCAUCAUCCUCAAGCAUUCAGUAUGUUCCUGAUCCAUUUUCAGCUCCAAGCCAAGAGUUUAAUUCAUUCCAUAAUGAUAUGGUGAGAGAAUUGAAACUUAAAGCUGCAAUUUAUGACAAUUAUGAGAGUGAAGAUCACAUAAGACGUGUUUUGCAUUACAAUACGAGUUAUGGAAUGAAAACUCGAGGUAUUUUAACGGCUUCAACGUAUAAAAUGAUUGCCCCGAAAACAGAUCAAAAUGAGCUUAAUUUAAGAUUGGCCAAUUAUUUGGGAUGGUGCAUUGAAAUGUUGCAGGCCGUUUUAUACAUUGUGGAUGAUAUGAUUGACGGAAGUAAUGUACGAAUGAGUAGACUUUGCUGGUAUAAACAUGACGAUGUGCAGAUGAAUGCUAUUAAUGAUGCUAUUUUGAUUGAAGCUAGUAUCUAUCAGAUCCUAAAUAUGGAAUUUAGCACUUAUAAGUUCUACGCACAAUUACUAGAACUCUUCCAUGAAGGAACUUUCAUUGCAACACUGGGCCAGAAAAUGAAUAUAAAGUUGUCCAAUACUAAGGAGAUGAAUUUCACAUUGGACCAGUACAAGGCGAUGGCAAUCAACAAAACAGCCUGGUACUCAUUCUACAUGCCCGUUGCGUGUGCAAUGCAUUUGGCCGGUUACAAGGACGAAAGUGAAUUUAGGCAGACAAAGAAUGUUCUGCUGGAAAUUGGGCAAUUAUUCCAAGUGCAAGAUGACUACCUCGAUUGCUACGGUGAUCCCACGGUGAGGGGUACCAUUGGUAGGGAUAUUGAAGAUGGAAGGUUCACCUGGCUCCUGCUGACUUUCCUUGAGCAUGCAACGGAUGCUCAGAAAGUCGCUUUGAAGGAAGCGUACGGGAAAAAGGAUCCAAAAAGUGUGGAGCGUGUUAAGCAACUUUACAAUGAUGUGUCAUUGCCAAAAAUCUACGCAAACUACGAGGAAGAAGCGUACAAGAAAAUUGAAACGAAAAUUAAGGAAACAACACGAGGAGUCCCAGCGGAAGUUUACUACAUGUUCCUCGAUUCUCUGUUCAAGCGUACUUCCUAAAGGUUUGCGUCUACCUGCAAGAAAUCAAUUUGAAUUUUAUUUAACAAUUUUUUUUGGCACGCCUGUUGGUAAAAGUCCGAACGAUCCUAUUAAAAUCACAUUCUUUUCUUUUUAUUUUGGGAUAAAGUUUCUUCAUAGUUUGAAGGGGAUAUAUUUAUAAACAAAUAACUUUCUAAAAAAAAUAACAAAUAAUUGAAUAAAAAUUAAAAUAAACGAGAAAAUUGUAAAGACAUUGUUUAUUAUGAAGUUUCUUUUUUCAAUAAAUAAUCUUAAGAGCAAUA